GUUGGCGCCGCUCGUAGUUCCGCAUCUCCGUCACAGAUCUUCAACAUGGUUGGUUCAGCAGUGUUAGGUGCUGCGAUUGGUACCGGAGGAGCUCUACUGAUCGCCAUGACCAUAGUGAUCUAUCGGUACUAUAGCCAGAAGAGGAAGGAUAAAGAAUGGAGGUCUAUAGACAGGGUACCCUAUCAACCAGUUGAUCAAAAGCUGCAAAAACCCGUUGGAACUUAUCCUAGAACUGAUUUUAACGUAUCAAAGGAACAACGUAAUGUACAGCCGCCACAGCACACAUCAGCCCAGUCCAUGACAGCUGAAAUCAUGAAAACGCCUCUCGAACUGUGUUCCAGCUCUGUGGGAGGCCACCCGCUCCAGCACCAAUCCAAGUCGUACCCUGGAGGACAACCCUUGCUCUGUCGCACUCCGAGCGCUUCCAGCCAGAGCAGCUUGGAUAGCAGCAAUUCCAAACAAGGCAGUCACCGGGGUUCUUCCCCCCAAAUUCGCACGUUCGCACCCGACGGCAAGGCGCAGGUCCAGUACCACAACGAGGCCACCCACACCGUCAGCUACCCUCUCCCCCGCCCGUCCAGCCGUUCCCCCUCGCCGCAUCGCACCGCCUCCCUGGACAUCCGGUCGUCGUCUCCCGGAAUCGGCCACGUCACCGGACCGGAACUAAGGACGCCGUCGCCGUCUCAGUCCAGCCUGGCCUCUUUGACCGGCGGCUCGGGUAGUUCCUGCAACUCGCCGGUACCGGCCAGUCCGCGCAAUAUCACCUUUCAGAGAUGCUUAUCACCGUUGUUCAUUCCAUCUUCCCGAGGACCGACCCCGGAGAAUGCCUCAUCCCUACCCCCCGCGAGCCCUCUGGGAGCCAUCCAACCGGACCUAUACCUCAAGAAAGACGGACCACUGUUCAUAGGCGAGACCAACAAGACUGGAACCGGCCUAGGAAGACUCCACUUUAGACUGAACUACGACUUUGAUCGGUCCGAUUUUGUGGUACAUCUCAUCGAAGCUCACGAUUUGGCCGGGAUUGACCAGGGCGGAUUCAACGACCCCUACGUUCGGCUGAUGCUGCUGCCGGAAGUGGAUACGAGAAAACGUCAAACCUGCAUCCAUAGAAACGACGCCAAUCCCGUUUUCAAUCAGCUGUUCAAGUUUCCGGUCUCGCACGAUGAACUCAAAUUGAAAACUUUGCUGCUGCAGGUGUUUGAUUACGACAGAUUUUCCAGAAACGACAUUAUAGGCGAGGUAUCUAUGGUUUUGGCUGAUUACGACUUCGCCAAUAGUAUUGAGAUUUGGGGUGAGAUAACGAAGAACAAAAAACCUCCGGAAGAACUUCAGGAAUUAUUGGUAUCUCUAAAUUACUUACCCUCUGCUGAAAGACUCACCUUGAGCGUAGUGAAGGCUAGAAACUUGUUCUUGCCCCAAGAUAAGGAAUUCAUAGAUCCCUAUGUCAAAGUCUACUUGAUUGUAAACGGGAAACGAACUAAAAAGAAGAAGACUUCCUGCAAGAAGGCCAACUGCAAUCCGGUUUGGAAUGAGGCUUUGACGUUUAAUCUGCCAUCGUCGAGCAUCGCUAAUGUGGAAUUGGAGAUAUCAAUCUAUGAUCAAGGAAACGACAUUAUGGGCAGCAAUCCCUUGUUGGGAUGUUGCGCCAUAGGGCCUAAAGUGGUUGGCACCGGAAAGGACCACUGGAACGACAUGAUUCAGAGUCCUCGAAAAACGGUUUUUUGCUGGCAUACUGUGAGGAGAAAAAAUAGGAAAAUCGUGUGAACCAGGUUUUGUUUACGCCUAGUUUGGUUUGGUUUGGUUGAUGUCCAUCUAAUUGCAUAGAAGAAAAUUAUAAUAAAUCCAAAAAAAAUGAAGAUUUUAACAUCCUGCAGCCACGAUACAUAGCAUAAUCGGACCUAUGUGGAUAUGAGAAAUAAUAUUUUUUACGAGAGGAAUCUGCCCACGAAAAAUGGCACAUGUUUUUUUAAACACCCUCUAUAAAUUCUAUACUGAUUUAUAAAAGUUCCGAACCAAACACGGCAACCACCGUGUCGUUGGUGACAAUGGUUACAUCAAAUCUCAAUAAAGAACAUUUGAGUGUAAAAAAUCAUCAACAUCUAUUAUUGCAAUAAAGAGCAACGUUACUAAUUUACAAUCGAAACUUCAUAUUAAAUUAAAACUGAUACACAACAUCGAAAAUGAACACCCCUCGAGCAGCCAAUUCUAACUAAUUUAACAAUGUGUUAUUUCUCUGUCCAAAAAUUAAUAUUUAUAGACGAUAUCAGUGUCGAUAGUGACUCUAUACUGAUUAUAUCAACUCAAAACGUAUUCUUAUGCGGUCGAAUAUUUCAAAAAAGACAAACCUAUAUUCCCGAAUAAAUUAUAACACAUUAACUAAAUUAUACAAGAUAAAAUAUAACAAAAAAACAUAUUUAGGUCUAAAAACAAGUAAUUUAGCAUAAGGUACUUACUUAUUGUCGUAUUGUUAGUUAUAUAUGAAUGUAUCUAAAAUUUUA